AUGAGCUACCACAAUUCGCGAGGGCACUAUGGCGGUGGCGGUGGAGGAGCGUCACACCUGGCGGCCAUCUACGGCUCGGAACAAGACAAAGUGAACUGCUCGUUCUAUCUCAAGAUUGGAGCUUGUCGACACGGCGACCGCUGUUCUCGCAAGCACAUCAAGCCCCACUUCUCGCAGACCAUCGUCAUCCAGAACAUGUACCAGAACCCCAAUCACGGAAUGGAUGCGGGGGCAAAGUCUGUCGAUCAGCUUCAAGACGAAUUCGACCAAUUCUUUGAGGACGUCUACUGCGAGCUCGUCAAGUUUGGCCACUUGCUCGAGAUGCACGUCUGUGACAACGUGGGAGAUCACCUGAUUGGCAAUGUGUACGCUCGAUACGAUUUUGAAGACGAAGCGCAGACGGCAAUAGACACACUCAAUACCCGCUGGUUCGCAGGCCGACCCCUCUUUGCAGAACUAUCACCGGUCACCGACUUCAGAGAAGCGACCUGCAGACAAAACGAUCUCGGUAAUUGCGACAGAGGCGGUUUCUGCAAUUUCCACCACCUGCGCAAACCGAGAGCGGCACUCGUGAAGGAGUUGGACGCCCAGCAACGAGUAGAGAGGCGAGUGAACCCUUCGCAGCGAGAUAUCGAGCGAGCGGAGGAGAUGAAGAUGUUUGCUACUCAGACGGGGACAGUGCCCAGUGCACCCAAGGCAGCUACCAAUGGCGGCGACUAUGACAGACGACGAUCGGAUUACAAGCGAGAAGCUUCGCCCGAACGGAGACAUCGUGUAUACUGAUCCAACAACUGUUGCAUCCCAAUCCUUGCGUGGAUUGACAGCCUCAUGCAUUUUAUAUGAACGAAAGAAUGAAUUUAGUUCGUCAUCUCGGGCCUACAAGGCAGCGAGGACUGCCUUGGCGGUCGUCUUCUCCACGUUGGGAGCCUCGUCCUCGACAAAGACCUUUUCGAUGGUGUCGUCGUUGGUGAGGAGGACGUAGCGCUUUGCACGCUCGCCGCCGAGCAGACCUGUGGCAUCAAAGGUCAACCCGAGCGUGCGGGAGAAUGCGCCGGUGUCGUCGGCGAGGAAGUUGAGCUUGUCAGCUCUGUUCGCUCCUGCCUU